GAAGGCCUGGGCAGACUGAAGCAGCAUAACUCUGCUUUCCAGAUCCCCUUCCUAGCAGAAGGCAUCCGGAUUCACGGGGAGAAGGUGACGGAAGCUCUGCGGCCAUUCCACGAGAGGAUGGAGGCUUGCUUCAGGCAGCUGAAAGACAAAGUGGAAAAACAGUACGGGGUCCGCGCUGUCCUUUCAAGUCUGGAUGAUAGACGAGGCAGUCGGCCACGGUCUAUGGUGAGAUCCUUCACGAUGCCGUCAUCUUCAAGACCCCUCUCCGUUGCAUCGGUGUCUUCCAUCUCCUCCGACAGCACACCUUCUCGACCUGGCUCAGAUGGGUUUGUGCUGGAGCCCCUCCUGCCAAAAAAGAUGCAUUCUAGGUCUCAAGAUAAAUUGGACAAGGACGACCUAGAUAAAGAUAAAAAAGAAAAGAAGAAGGAGAAAAGGAACAGCAAGCAUCAAGAGAUAUUUGAUAAAGAAUUUAAAUCUACUGAUAUCUCUCUGCAGCAGUCUGAAGCAGUGAUCCUUUCAGAAACGAUCAGCCCACUGAGACCACAGAGACCAAAAAGCCAAGUCAUAAACGUCAUGUCAAGUGAAAGACGUUUCUCCGUCUCUCCGUCACCUCCCAGCUCCCAAGUGACACCACCCCCAAUAACACCACGGACAAAACUUUCUUUCAGCAUACAGUCCAAUCUGGAGCUGAAUGGUAUGUCCAGCUCAGACAUCCCCGACGUUCCUCCUCCUCUGCCUCUCAAAGGAAGCAUGGCCGAUUAUGGGAACCUCAUGGAAAGUCAAGACUUGAUCAGCCCGACGACCUCUCCCCCUGCCCAUCAGAGGCACCUGCCACCUCCGCUCCCCAGCAAGACUCCCCCACCUCCGCCUCCAAAGACAACUCGGAAGCAAACGUCUGUUGACUCUGGGAUUGUCCAGUGAAGAAGGAAGCAUUUUUUUUUCCAAAGAUAAAGCUGUAACAAUUCAUUUCCCUAAGUAUUUUAUGGUAUAUAAUGUUUACCUCAUUCAGGUGUGCAGUAUCUAACAUUUAGUGCAAUGACUCUAACUCUGUAAGAAAUCCAUUUCUAGCCGUGUGUGGGAAACAACACUACAUCACCCCUCUUUCUGGGGUUAUUCCCUCCCAUAACUUGAAAGAAAUCUGGAUUUCUACUUGAGACUGGGAGGCAUUCAUCAACUGACAGUACCCUCUUCCUAAACCUUCUCCCUGCUUCUUCUGAAUAACUUCAGGCACAUAGGUAGCUGUGGAGAUUAAAAUGAGAGUUGAGUAUUUUGUACCUAAAGCAUUUAGGUAGCUAUGGAGUUUAAAAUGAGCUGAGUAUUUUGUACCUAAUCUCAGUGUAUAUAGGAAUCGAUGGUGAUAUUCACAUUGAAUUUAGUGCACGUUGGAGUAGGCUUCACAGUGAAGAGAAGGUGCCAUAGGAUUUCCCCAAGUAAACGGUUCUGCCCAG